AUGUCUUCCAUUACUGUUUCUGUUCCAGCUUCGGAUAAUUCUAUUCUUGACAACGGUCAAGGCGUGAUUGAUCCCGAUGUUUAUUUUCAAAUUAACCAACCACCAGCCAAUUUAUCCGAAUUUGAAACUAAAUUAAGCGCGUUUGUUGACCUUCACAAAGAACAAGGAAAUAAAGUAGUUUUGAUUACGAGUGGUGGAACAACAGUACCUCUCGAGAAUCAGACAGUUCGUUUCAUUGACAACUUUAGUAAUGGCACUCGUGGUGCAACUUCUGCUGAAUAUUUCUUAGAAGCAGGUUAUGCAGUUGUAUUUAUGCAUCGUCAAAAUAGUAUUCAACCUUAUCAUCGUCAUUUUACUCAUUCACACCUUGGUUUUCUUGAUUAUUUUGAAGCUAAAGAAGAUGGUUCCGUUCAAGCAUGUCCUCAAUAUGCUGAUAAAAUGCGCAAGGUAUUACUAAAAUACAGUGAAGCCAAGAAGAGUAAUCGACUUUUAAUGCUUGAUUUUGUUACUCUAUCCGAUUAUUUGUUUAAACUUCAAGCAGGUACAAAAAUUUUAUCACGAUUAGGAGAAAGAGCUAUGUAUUAUCUUGCUGCUGCUGUCAGUGAUUUCUUUAUUCCAUCUCAGAAAAUGGUAGAACAUAAGAUUCAAUCUCGUGAAGGUGGUUUAACUUUAACGCUCGAUCAAGUACCCAAAUUUUUAAAACCCUUAGUCAGUAAUUGGGCGUCAAAAGGCUUAAUUGUAUCAUUCAAGCUUGAAACAGACACGGCUCUAUUAGUUCCUAAAGCUCGACAAGCAUUGACACGUUAUGGUCAUCAAGUUGUUAUUGGAAAUAUGUUAAAGACACGUAAACAAACUGUCACAUUAAUUACAAGAGAAAGUGAAAAGGUAUUGUCACUUACUCCAGAACAAUUGGAAAGUAAUAUUGAAAUUGAAAGUAAAAUUAUCACCGAACUUGUCCAAAUUCAUGAAUACUGGAUGAGCUCUGGUCACACAAAAUAA